UAAAGACUGGAAAAAAGUCUCCCAAGGUCAUCUAAUUCCAUCUCCUUCUUAUGAAAUAGAAAGUAAUCAGUCCCAACUUAGCAAUAAUAGAACCGGGCAUAUUCUGGGUGAGAUGUCUGCAAAUUCUGAAUAUGGGAAUGAUUUUGAAAAUAAUGCUAAUCUUUCUGUGCACAAUGAAAUUCAGAAAGAUGAACGGUCAUGUUCUGAAAGAGAGAAAACUUUUAAUGUGCUAUCAAGUGUUGCUGAAAAUCAGACAAAUGACACGGGAGAGAAGCCAUAUUCAUGUUCAGAAUGUGGAAAAUGUUAUAGUCAUAAAUCAAGUCUUCUGAAACAUCAGAGAAUUCACACAGGAGAGAAGCCAUAUUCAUGUUCAGAAUGUGGGAAGUGUUUUCAUCUGAAAGCACAUCUUGUGAGACAUCAGAGAAUUCACACAGGGGAGAAGCUAUUUUUAUGUUUAGAAUGUGGAAAGUGUUUUUGUCAGAAAUCACAUUUUGUUGAACAUCAGAAAACUCACAUAGGAGAGAAGCCAUUUUCAUGUUCAGAAUGUGGGAAAUGUUAUAGUCAUAAAUCAAGUCUUCGGAAACAUCAGAGAAUUCACACAGGAGAGAAGCCAUAUUCAUGUUCAGAAUGUGGGAAGUGUUUUCAUCGGAAAGCACAUCUUGUGAGACAUCAGAGAAUUCACACAGGGGAGAAGCUAUUUUUAUGUUUAGAAUGUGCAAAAUGUUUUAGGAAAGAAGCCACAUCUUGUUAAACAUCAAAAAACUCACACAGGAGAGAAGCCAUUUUCAUGUUCGGAAUGUGGGAAAUGUUUUAGUAACAAAU